AACGCGGUGCCAAUCUUUUAGAAUUACUUUCCGAGGAGCCCAGCAAAGGCUGGGCUGCCCCGGCCAGGCGGCCGCUCAGCACGAGCCGUCCUGCGCAGCCUGCGCGCGUGCACCCGUCUGCCUUGCGCAUUUUGCCCGUCUCCCUUUGCAGACACGGGCGCGCAGCCCUUCCUGGGUGCCGGGCACAGCGGCUGGGGCUGCCGGCGCGAGAGCGUGUCCAGCAUGUCCCUCCAGACCCUCCUGGUGUUCCUGGGCGUCUUUCUGCUCGUCGCCGACUACAUGAGGAGGAGGAAGCCCAGAAACUUCCCCCCCAGCCCCUUUCCGCUCCCCUUCCUGGGCCAUAUCCUCACCAUGGACUUCGGCGAUCCCAUCCAGGCGGCUCAGCAGCUUUCUGAAAAAUAUGGGGACGUCUUCAGCCUGCACGUUGGCAGCAUGUCCUGCGUCUUCGUCAGUCGCUUCCAGAUGGUCAAGGAGGUGCUGGUAAACCAAGGUGAAAACUUCCUAGAUCGCCCGGACCUCCCUUUCGAUGUGGCAGUCUUCAAUGGCGGUGGACUGACCUCCUCUAAUGGACACACUUGGAAACAGCAGAGAAGAUUCACCCUGUCGACGCUCAGGAACUUUGGCCUGGGGAAGAGGAGCUUGGAGGAGCGGAUACAGGAGGAGAGCCGGUACCUUGUCGACGCCAUCGGGGAAGAGCAGGGGCAUCCUUUUGACCCCCACUUCAAGGUCAAUAACGCCGUUUCCAACAUCAUCUGCUCGGUCACCUUCGGCAACCGCUUCGAGUACAGCAACGAGCAUUUCCAGAAGCUGCUGCAGCUGCUGGACAAGCUGCUGGUGCUCCACGGCCACCCCAUCAGCCAGCUCUACAGUUCUUUCCCAGCCGCUCCUAGCGCCGCUGGCACUAUGUUGAUGCUGAACUUCACCUCCGUGCUCUUCGACAAGAAGGAGUGGGCAACCCCCGACGCUUUUAACCCGGAGCAUUUCCUGAAGGACGGCCAGUUCUGCAGGAGGGAGGCUUUUCUACCGUUCUCCCUAGGGAAGCGUGCCUGCCUGGGCGAGCAGCUGGCCCGCGCCGAGCUCUUCCUCUUCUUCACGGCCCUGCUGCAGAAGUUCACCUUCCGGCCGCCCGCGGACGCGGCGCCCAGCCUCCGCGCCAGGCUGGGCAUCACGCGGCACCCCCGGCCCUACCGCAUCUGCGCCCUGCCGCGCUAGGGCAGGGCCUGCCACUGCUGCUGCACAGCAAAACGCCCCGUUUGCCUCAGGAGUCCAAAAAAUAAAAAUAAUAAUAAUACUAACCUACGGCCUCCUCCGCGGGGCUGCAGUCGGGAUCAUGCAGCUCCAGGGAGAACCUGCUGCUUCUGCUUCUUCUAAACCAGUCACUCGCACAAUAAUUCCUUUGGCAAGCUGACCUCGUGGUCUGCAUCUGUGCGCUGCAACCCGAACGCUGCAGGGGCUCAGC